ACAAACCCGCUCCGUCUCGGGGACUUUUCCAUAUGAUCACUAAACGGCGUAGCAUGGAGAUACGCUGGUGACGACCGCGACAAGGAGAAUUUUCACUCUACACACAAUCUGUUUAUAUAAUCUGGAUCUGUCAGCUUGACCAGAAUUAGGCGAACGUGGAUCGGAUCACAUUUGUUUGUUAUAUAUAAGUCUUUCUUAAUGACUCCUAUUCUCUUUUGAACCUUACGUCCAACUCCACGAAUCCAUUACUACGAGUUUCACAAUGCCGUCGCAGAGAGUUGUCGUUCAAGUGAUAUAUCCCACGUCAAGUACAUCCAAAUUCAGCAUGGAUUAUUACCUCAACCAUCACAUCCCGCUGGUCAAGAGCCGUUGGGGGCACCAAGGCCUCCAGAGCUGGACUGUCACAGCCGGAGUCAAAGACACUGGAUAUGACGUGCAAGCCACGAUGGUUUGGAAAGACAUGGAAGCAUUUACGAAUGCGAAGGAUGUGGACGAAGUGAGGGCGGACAUUAAGAACUUCACAGAUGUGACUCCAUAUCGUUGGGUUGGUCUCCUCGUUGAUCAGGAGGAAUUGGGAGAUUCUGCAAAUUGAGGGGCUCGAAACCGAGGAGGUCCAGGAGGUUUGAGAAACCUCCAUUACUCUUCACCAAUUUUAAUAUGAAAUGCCGAGGUUGUCAGGCUAUUGUUUG